UCACACAUCUAACUAACAACUUCCCGAUCAACUUGUACAUGCGAGCAGCAGCAGCGAGCAGUUAGCACUCAGCUCAUGAUACUGUAUUGUAUUUAUUAUCUGCGUUUUAGCUUUCAGACUCUAUACACUUAGUGUUCGUCAUUUGGCGGCGAGUUUUAAUUCACGUAAAAUGGUGUUUUACUUCACAAGUGCCGUAGUGGACCCUCCCUUCACAAUCUACAUGGGAAAAGACAAGUAUGAAAACGAGGAUCUUAUCAAGUAUGGAUGGCCUGAAGACAUCUGGUUUCAUGUGGACAAGCUGUCUUCUGCUCAUGUUUAUCUGCGAUUGUCAAAGGGUCAAACCAUAGGUGACAUUCCUCCAGAGGUGCUGAUAGAUUGUGCACAGCUGGUGAAAAACAACAGCAUCCAAGGCUGUAAGAUGAACAACAUCAAUGUGGUUUACACUCCGUGGGCCAAUCUGAAGAAAACAGGAGACAUGGACGUCGGACAGAUCGGCUUCCAUCGUCAGAAAGAGGUGAAGAUUGUGGCGGUGGAGAAGAAAAUCAAUGAGAUAGUAAACCGUCUGGAGAAAACAAAGGAUGAAAGAUUUCCUGACCUGGCAGCAGAGAAGGAAUCAAGAGACCGGGAGGAGAGGAAUGAGAAGAAAGCUCAUCUCCAGGAACAGAAGAGGAGAGAGAAGGAAGAGCAGAAGAGGAAAAAAGACAUGGAGGAGCUCAGGAACUAUUCUUCACUGAUGAAGUGUGAAAACAUGAAAACUAAUGAGGAUGGGUACGAUUCAGAUGACUUCAUGUAAGAGACAAGCAGACUGGCGAUCUGCUGUGAGGACGCUCCCCUGCUGCUUUUGCUUGCUGCAACUCUGCACUGACAUUGAAAAAAGAACAAACAAAAACAAAUGGAUACAUUUUGCUUUUGGACACUCAGAGCAGAAAGCGAACCAGCGAGAAACGGCCCUGGGACUUGUGGUACAGAAACUGCUUUCAGACCAAACUGAGCUGACUGACCUCUUCAUCGCAGGAGGACACUGUGAAUGAAGAUGCACAGGACGACAGGAAUAAUGAGGAUCAUUUUAGGGGAAGUGACACUCAGCACAACGUUGUUUGAUGGGGGUUUUCACUGCCAUAUUGCCUGAUGUUGAUAAAACUGGAGUCUGUAUGAGUGUGUUUGAUUUAAUUACUCAUUUAAACUUGAGAAUGCAAACUCUCCCGCUCCCUUCUUUAUGUGUUUAUUUCUCUGCAUGUCAGAUUCUAUUGAGUAGAAUUCGUUGUCUGAAUUACACUAUCUGUUGUUAGUAAUUUCUGGCUUGCACUGUGAACUAUUCUGCUCAAGCAUUAAAAACAGUGUCAGUCUAUCAUUUAGUUAUUAUUUAGCAGAUUCAGAUGCCCUCUGAAUCUGCAGUAUCCAGUAUAAUUACCAAUCAGUGGCAUUAGCGUCAGUUUAGACCUGUAGAUGUGUGCCGAUUAUUUAAAUUGUGUCAAUUACUUGAUAAGUUUUUUUGGUCUAUAAAAUAUCAGAAAAUGGUGAAAAGUGUCAAUCAGUGUUUCCCAGACCUCAAGAUGACAAAUGUCUUGUCCACAACCUAAAGAUCUCCAGUUUACUGUUACAGAGGAAAGAAACCAGAAAGGAAUUUUAAUAUUUUUCUUUUUCUUACUCAAACUGAUUAAUAGAUUAUCAAAACACUUCUAUUGUAGGUACACAUGAAAAGCUCAUAAAGUAUUAAGAUAAAACAGAAAAUAGAAUUGAAGGUUUUAAAAUUAAGAAAAACAAAGGCUAUAAAAUUGUCUUUGAUUUAAAGCAGUCAUAUCUGUGCUCAUCUUUCAUUGAUACUGAUGUUUGUUAAAAAAUGUUUAUCUGUAUGAACUAAAAUUGAGUUGUGCCACAGGAGCUGUUAAUUUAAUUUUAUUUUUUUUGGAGUAAUAGCCAGGACAUUCAUAGAUUCAUAAUAACGUGUACAAAACUUUGGAGCAUGCUAAGCGAGCACUCUACCAUUUGAGCUAAUCCCCCACAUUGAGAGUUUUGUGAUGUCGGAAAGUGACAUAUCGAGUCUUUCCUCAUCGACUUUGUUGGAGGGGUUGUGUCGUUCUACGUUUCUCUUUAAAACGCCCCAAAUAGUUUUGUACUGUUUAAACAAUUCAUUAAAAGAAAAAUAUUAAACGAAAAGAAUUAGGUAAUUUUCUGGCGUCUUUCCUCUUUUGUGACAGUCAGCUGAAUAUCUUUGGAAAAACAAGACAAUUGUCAUGGAAUCAACUCAGGCAUACUUGUUUCUCUUCUGUCUUUAGAAACCCUUGACAGAUCUUGGACGGGCACAGUGUCAAUACUGAUUGUGAACUGCUUUAUUGUUUAACCUAAUAGCGGUCAAAAAACUGCGAAAAAAGAAUGUUUGAAAAUAUAUUUUUUUAAAAUACUAAAUAAGUCUAGAGUUCCCCCUAAAAUGCCAUUUUUCUCUUGUCCCACCCCCCUGAUGACCAAAUUGAAUCUCAAAACAGUUAAAAUGAAAAUUAAAUCUCCUUUUUCUGGUGUUAUCUUUCUUCACUGA